AUCUUUCGAUAUUCUUCUCCGAUAUACCAGUGGCAGUUUGAAUUGUAAGUCAUAUCCCUUUCUUUUACACUUAAGAAGAGAAGUUGAUGUUUAAACAUGAUGAAAUGCAUCCGUCUAUACCAUCUUUCGGGACAGAAUUUUGAUGUUGAGAUGCAGUUAUCUGACUGGAAAUUUUUAUUUUUGCAAUCUUUUAAUCGACAAAGCUUUCUUUUCUUAUCGUUCACGUCGUAUUUUAAUAUCUUACACAGGUAUUAUGGUUUCUUCCUUGUAGUAAACGAACUGAGGUAAGUGUGGGGUAAUUACAGCGGCAAACAUUUUACAAUUUUCCGGUUAAAAUGGCGAACGGGAUCCAGGUAGAAACCGUCGUGCUAUGCGGGCGUGCCAAGUUGAGCGAGAACUAGUUUCACGGUAUUCUCCGACCAUUUAAAUUCUCAUGGAUGGCGAUGAAGGUGCAAUCUAUACGCUUUACGUUCCUAAGCUGCAUACAGAUUUAAGAUAGAGGUUUAACAAAUGCAUCUCUGCAAACAUCUGGUUCUUUUUCAGAUGUCUUUAAAAGAAACUUCUUAAUGAGACUCAUUCUCUCGAUGUUUAAAUUCUCUGACAGUUCUCAAGCAUGAUGAAUUGCAUUAACUUAACCAUCUUUCGGGACAGAAUAAUUUUGUUGAGGUGCAUUAUCUGACUUGAGAAUUACUGAAGGUAGUAGACAUCUCCCUGUAUGUUCUAAAGCAGUUUGUAACCCUUGCACAUAAUACUAUUCUUCCAGCCUGAAGUACUUCUUGAGAACAACAGACUCCUUCCUCUGUAAGUAUGAACUUUGUUAGUAAUUACUAAUAGUAAGGCUAUAGUUUAACUCGACCCUCAGCAAUCCUAUCUUCAGCAGCACAUUUUUAAUGAUGGUGAUAAUGAUAUGGCACAUGUUUGGGUCAUUUUCAUUUUCUAAUACUCUUGACAACACUUUGCAACUUAGCAUAGGACUUUGAUUCAGAUCUCAGUGGUUUCAAUAAGAAGGGGUACCAGUAGUCUACCAAUGCCUACAAGACCUCUUAUUGUCAACUCUUUAGCCUACAAGCAGAUACCCGUAAUGCUGGAAAUUACUUCUCAGAAAUCUUAGAUUUCAAGGUUUUCUUUGGAGAACAUGCAUCCUGAGGUUGCAUGCAUGUAAGAAGUAAUUGAAACCUGUAAACUCCAUGAGGCAGUUUACCAAGAAUGGAGGGAAUCUUUUAUGAAGAUGUCUGCUAGUUUGGAUAUUAGGUCAGAUCACAGCUUUAGGAGAGUUUUGCCAUAUUCUUGAAGAUAAACAGGGUUUUUAUAAAGAAAUUUAGUAGAUAGAAUAGGGUCUUGACACUUAAACUCCCAGAAGUGAUUAACACAUAACUUCUCCCUUUGAUAUCCAUACAUUUUUCAAUAAACAGGUAAUGACAUUACUAAAACUUACCAGGUAGUUAUCUUGUUCUAGCACCAAAUUCUCGUAACUAAUUUCUAAGGAGAUGUGUAGCAGCUAGAGGGGAGAAUCAUCAAUUAGAUCUUGGAAGUUAAUGGGUUAAGUACCAAGAGAAUAUUUUAGUAUAGUAGCUGAAGAAUUCUCUGAUAUGUGAUCACCCUGGUUGAACCAGAGCAGUAGGCUUGGGUAGUACCUAAGUAAACCCAAAGAAUCUGGAUCGAGGGAAAUGAAAAACAGGUCUUUUUCUGCAUGAGAAACUAAUUCCUAAGGAUACUGUUUUGUAAAAAAAGGGUUUGCAGUCACAUAAUUGUGCUUCUUCAAAAGAUGAAUAAAUUAUUCAAGAAAGCAUUUGCUAGAAAUUUUUAGCCCCAAAAAGCUUAAAAACAGGGACUAGAUAGGUCUGUUAUCAUAAAGGUUGCUUUCACACCAAUCCCAAGCCAUGAUGUUAAGAUGUUUACUUACUAUGAGUUAUGGUUUUGCUGCAGUGCUUCUUGGAAAUGUCGGACAUGGAUGAUGAUUUCAUGUGUGAUGAUGAUGAAGAUUAUGACCUGGAGUACUCUGAAGACAGUGCCUCCGAGCCUGAUGUGGAUUUGGAAAACCAGUACUACAAUUCAAAAGCCUUGAAAGAAGAUGAUCCUAAUGCCUCAUUGCAAAGCUUUCAGAAGGUUUUGGAUCUUGAAACAGAAAAAGGUGAAUGGGGAUUCAAAGCGCUGAAACAAAUGAUCAAGAUCAACUUCAAGCUGGGCCAUUAUGAUGAGAUGAUGACCCGCUAUCAGCAGUUGCUCACAUACAUAAAGAGUGCUGUCACAAGGAACCACUCUGAAAAGUCUAUUAAUUCCAUCCUGGAUUACAUUUCAACUUCAAAGCAAAUGGAGUUGCUACAGAAUUUCUAUGAGACCACACUGGAAGCCUUGAAAGAUGCAAAGAAUGACAGACUGUGGUUUAAGACAAACACAAAGCUAGGAAAGUUGUACUUUGACAGAGGGGAAUUCACUAAGCUGGCAAAAAUCCUGAAACAACUGCAUCAGUCUUGUCAGACGGAUGAAGGAGAAGAUGAUCUGAAGAAGGGAACUCAAUUGCUAGAAAUUUAUGCUCUGGAGAUCCAGAUGUACACAGCACAAAAAAAUAACAAGAAGCUUAAAGCUUUGUAUGAACAGUCCCUUCACAUCAAAUCUGCCAUUCCACAUCCACUUAUUAUGGGGGUGAUCAGGGAGUGUGGUGGGAAGAUGCACUUACGGGAGGGAGACUAUGGAGCAGCUCACACUGAUUUCUUUGAGGCUUUUAAGAACUAUGAUGAGUCUGGAAGUGGAAGGCGCACAACUUGCCUGAAAUACCUUGUCCUGGCCAACAUGCUUAUGAAAUCUGGUAUCAACCCUUUUGACUCUCAGGAAGCAAAACCUUACAAAAAUGACCCAGAGAUUCUAGCCAUGACAAAUCUUGUCAGUGCCUACCAGAAUGAUGAUAUCAAUGAGUUUGAGAAAAUUCUCAAAACCAACCGCAAGAACAUAAUGGAUGAUCCCUUUAUUAGGGAACACAUUGAAGAUCUCUUAAGAAACAUCAGGACACAAGUGCUUAUUAAGCUGAUUAAGCCAUACACACGGAUCCACAUUCCAUUUAUAUCCAAAGAGUUGAACAUCGAUACAGAAGAAGUAGAAAGCCUUCUGGUACAAUGUAUACUUGACAAUACCAUUCAUGGCCGCAUUGAUCAGGUAAAUCAACUUCUUGAACUGAACAGAACAACACAGAGUGUUGAUAGGUUCCAGGGACUGGAUAGGUGGACCACACAGUUAAAUUCGCUGCACACUACAGUCGUAAACAAGAUUGCCUAAGCAGCCAGUUACAUAAUCAACAGUCAAACAGACAAGUAACUGUUAAGCAUGUGCAUUAAUCUUGCUGUAAAUGUGAAUAACAGAGCCACUUGGACACAUGUCUGUUGUUAAUAAACGAAGGUUUGUGUGGUGAUUCCAAGUUAGAAGGCUCUAUUUUUAGGGUUUUUUUUUUUUUUUUUUUUUUUUUUUUUUUUUCAGCAUAUAACUUUUUUCUUAAAAUUAAUGUAGCAUUGGGAAAAAAAAGAAAAUGAAUAAAGAUUGUUGUGAUUUACAAGGGCAAAACCAGUGAAAUAGUUGAGACAACAAUAAUGAAUGCCAGUAUUGGGAAUGUUAAACUUUGGUGUAUGGCUGUAGUUGUAGUUUUUUGAGGGAUCUUCUAGAAAACAUUUCAAACAUUUGGAACAAGCUUGUGGAACAGGCUAAGAGACAGUCAGUAAUUGUGAAUUCAUUACUUGCAUGUGUAAUUUUACUCUGAGAUGAAGUCACUCUAGCCUCUUUAAAACAUUUUGUAUUUUUGUUAGAGGUACUUUAUCUGGCAAAAUAAUCAAUACAGUAAUACAAUAAAUGUUGUUUUUUCAUGGUAUGAGUGGAAAUGUGACAUGUAUGUCUCCAAAAUUGUCAAUUAGAGUUAAGAGCC